AUGCAUUUUGGGAGUGACCAACUGAGUGGUUUGGAUACGAGCAAAAUCUCCGUCUUGAGUGCGAACUGUGUAGGCCUUUUGAGCAGCGAUUCGUUGCUUUUUGAUGAAUGUCCCUUCAUCUGUCCUCGCUGUAGCGAAUUGCCCAUUUUGCCUCGCUCAGGAGUGGCCAUCUGCCUCGGUCAGAUCGCUUUCGAGCUGGCGGCUGCCUACCAGCAUCGUUUUGCUGCGGUGCACCGAGAAGCCGGCUACUUGAUGGUCUGGACGGCCGGACUACUCGCCUGGUCCGCGGGUCUGGCGCUCCACAUGGACAGCCUCGUGAGGCCCGGAGCCGUCGGGCCUAGCGCCGACGGAUGCGAGGAAAAGGGUGGAGGAGGCGAUCGGCCCGGAAACCGGCAAGAGUGGCCAACUGGAGAGUGGCCGAGUGAAGCGACAGACGGUUGUCCACCUGACGACACACUUUGA